UAGUCGCCAUUAGCUUUAUGGACAGAAUGGAGUAGAUUCCCGCACACCUGCAGACAUAAAAGGAGUCAUACAGCCUCCUUGGUUCUGGAAUUGGGCCCUUCAGUCGUCAAUUGCUGGCCAUCCCCUGUGGAGAGUAUACACCCAGCAUGCGUUUCUCAACAGUAGUUUCCGCCCUUUUGCUUUCCAGCACCUCGCUGGCAACACCGGCCCAAGUCUCUUCAGCACUGGGUAGUGCCUCAUCACAGGGGGCUCCUGAGGAACAUCCCAUAGCUCAGACACCGGCUGCUGCAGAGGCGACUGCUGCAGCUGCAGCUGCUCAACCAAGCGAUAAUGCUAGUCAACAACCCAAUGUCAAUGUCAACCAGCAGCCAACUGCUGAGCCUAGCCAGCAACCCACGGUCAAUGUGAAUCAGCAGCCAACUGCCGAGCCCAGCCAGCAACAAAGUGCCAACGAUGAGCAGCAGCCGACUGCCAACGUCGCUCCACAAUCGAACGCAGCUCCAGAGCCGUCUUCGAGUCCCAAUGCCAAUCAACAAACGGAUGGUGGUCUGCUGUCACAUCUAAUCCCCACUGGCGCUGCGGAGUCUUCUACUCAACAGGAAUCUAGUGCGCCUGCCCCGACUGCCUCACCAGCGGAGCCCGAGGGUAGUGCUUCGCCUACCGAACAGUCCAAAACUCAGGGAUCCGCUACCAAAACUGCCGCUUCCUCCUCAACGUCGUCAGCUGGUAGUCCGUGGGAGAGCCUUAUCCCUGAUGGAGUUACUGGAAACCCUGGCACAGACCUGGGCAAUGGACUCCAGGGUCUCCUAGGUCUCCUGUCUCCAACUUUCCUCAAGGAUGUUGAAUCAUUCUUCCACCAUUUUGCCUACCUAUUUGACGACAAGACUACGGAACAGACCAAGUCUCUUAUCAAUAUUGGAUCUGGCCUCCUUACUCAAGACUUGAUCAAGGAAUUGAAUAGUCUGCUGAGCAACGCCGGCAAGCUGUUGACAUCUGACUUUGUUGAUGAGAUCCAGAAACUGAUCAAACAACUUGGUCCUCUUCUGACAGAUGACCUGUUCAAGCAGAUUUCCACAUUAUUGAACAAUGGAAACGACCUUCUGACCGCUGAUUUUGUCAAGGAGGUCAAUGCUCUGAUUGGAAACGCCAACCAAUUACUGACAGCUGAGACUGUUAAGGAGCUGCGGCAACUUAUCGAUUCCCUUGGUCCUCUCUUGACUCCUGAACUCUUCAAGGAGAUCAGUGGCCUCCUUAACAAUGCCAAUGAUCUGUUGACUGCGGACUUCGUCAAGGAGAUCAAGAGUUUGAUCAACUCGCUUGGUCCUCUGCUUACACCUGAACUCUUCAAGGAGAUCAGCGGCCUUCUUAACAAUGCUAACGAUCUGUUGACUGCAGACUUCGUCAAGCAGAUUAAGAGCUUGAUCAACUCGCUUGGUCCUCUGCUCACACCUGAACUCUUCAAAGAAAUCAGCUCGCUACUGGAUAAUGCUAACAGCCUGCUGACUAAAGACUUCGUCAACACGGUUAAUAACCUGCUCAAGGAAGCCGGUCCUCUACUCAAGCCUGAAUUGUUCAAACAGAUUAGCUCGCUGCUAGACAAUGCCAAUAGCCUGUUGACCCCAUCGUUUGUCAACGAGACUACAGGCUUGAUUGACACUAUCUCUCCUGUAUUGACACCUGACCUGCUCUUGAAGGUCGGUAGCUUGUUGAAUAGUGCCGGCAACUUGCUGACCGAUGGAUUUGUCGACAAAACCAACACUUUGAUUGGCAACGCCAACUCUCUCUUGACAGAGAAGUUUGUCAAGGAGACCAGCGGUUUGAUUGAUGGCAUUGCACCGGUUAUCACUCCUGAGCUUCUGGGACUUGUGGGUGGUCUCCUUGCAAAUGCCAACUCUCUCUUGACACCGAAGUUUGUCAAUGAGACUCAGGGCUUAAUUGAUGGCAUCUCGCCCGUCCUCACACCCGAAUUGCUCACGCAAGUCGGUAGUCUCCUCAAUAACGCUGGCAAGCUCCUGACGAGCGAGUUUAUUGAUGAAACAAAGAGCCUGAUUGGCAAUGUGGCACCUGUCAUUACUCCCGACCUGCUGGAGGAUGUCGGCUUCCUUCUCGGCAACGGAACGAACCUGCUUACACCCAAGUUCGUCAACGAGACGAGAGACCUCAUUGAUGGUGUCUCGCCUGUUAUUACCCCAGAGCUACUCGGCGAAGUUGGUGGCCUUCUCGGCAACGCCAACGACUUGUUGACUAAGAAAUUCGUCAACGAAACACAGAUUUUGAUCGAAGACGCCUCAGAGUUGCUCCCUGUCGUAGUAAAGAUCUUGGGUACGCUGUGAAGGAUCUGAGCCACAGUUCAAGGGCUUAUGAUUAACGGACAACGAAUUU